AAAAGAGAAGGAGGGGGCGAAGAGGCGAGGCAGCGUUGAGUGGUGUUUUAGUUAAAUUCGCGAAAGGGGGCUCUGCUGUCCUGUUUAAAGUAGCAAGACUCGGUGUCUGGUGCACGAAGCGGCACUGAGGUUUGCUGAUAAUCUUGGGAUUUCGUCCAAACGCGUGGGGAGAAGGACAGAAAAAGCGAUUAUCUGCCAUCAAUUUCCCGUGGGUCGUGCAGUUUUUUGCUUUUUUGCUUCUACUUAACACUGGGAGGCAGAUAUUUUAGGGGGGAAAAAGUUUUCGUUGUUUUUUUUUUCUGGACCCAAAACAAGCCUGGAUAGAGAAAGCGAGCGCUCCGCUGGCUGCUGCCUUCUGUGAUUUGCACAAAGCCUAGUCAGCAAGCUAAAGAACGAACUAAGGAACUAAGGGAAGAAAGAAGCGCUCAUUUAUAGAUGGAAAAGUCUGAGUCUUUGGGGGGAAACGACUCGCGAUGACUGGAGGUUUUUCAAAGUAGGACUACUUUUGAGAUGUGAUUUUGAUCUCCCCGAUUCUCGUGAAGUUUGGUCUUCGCCCGUUCGCAAAGUGGGACGUUUUGCAGCGUGAAACUAAAUUUGCUGGCGCUUAUGUCAUAUCGGAGACUUUUAAUGGAUUCAAUGUUAAGGAGUUUACGUGCUGCCACUGCCUGAGUUGGAUUACAGGAAAUCUUUCAGCCCCCAGACAGCAAUGGUAAAUAGGUUUCAGUGUUUGCUUCCUUACUUCAUAGACCGCACUGUCUGGAGAUGUAUUUCUGCAUUUUUGUUUAAAUAAUUUCAUGUUGCUUUUUAAAAAAUUUCAAUACUUCAGCUUGGUUUUAAAAAGAUUGUGUCAUUUCUUACACAGUUUGGGAAAGUGUUGCUCUCUGUUAAUUUAGGAUGCACUACUGAACACUACAACUGGAUUUUUUUAAAUCAUUUUAACCAAAGAGACUGUAAACUAAUGUUUGCUCACUCCCAUUGUUAUUUUGACCAAUGAAAUGAUGCGGACACUGGUGUUUCACGCAGCUGUGCUGCUAACCUUGUGGGCAGUGUUAGGCUCUGAAGGGUCUCCAGACAAUGCAGAGAGCCGUCAGCUCAGAAAGCGGACUUUUGUAAGGGCUAGGAUGAACAGACCGGCAUCACAAACAAAGUCCUCCAUAAAUCAGGAAGGAGUCUCCUCAAGAGGUGUUCAGCAAGUUAGAGAAUUUCAGAAAGAUGAGGGUGCAAAUCUUCAAAGACAAGGGCAGAACAGACGGAGCAUGCGAAGUCGGACCCCGGUGUCAAGUGCAGGCCUUGCAAGUAUGCCCCAAGAUCAGAGUACUGCCGGGGCUCGAUCCAGACUGGUAAGAGUGCCUUCAGGCUCUGGCUCUCCUAAUGUUUUGGCAAGUUUUGCUGGCAAGAACCGAAUCUUGAUUAUCACAGCCCCUCAUUCCUCAGAAGGAUACUAUCGUCUCAUGAUGAGUCUUCUGAAGCCAGAUGUCUAUUGUGAACUGGCUGAGAGACAUGUACACCAGAUUGUGAUGUUUCAUGAGGAAGGAGAGAUGGGAGGUGUGGUGCGAAAGAUCACUAAUGAGGGAAAGAUUAAUGAGGAGCCACUGGACCCAGCUCUCGUCCCAAAGCUGAUGAACUUUUUAAAGCUGGAAAAGGGCAAAUUCGGGAUGGUGCUGCUGCGGAAGACUUUACAGGUGGAAGAGAGGUACCCUUACCCAGUUAGGCUGGAGGCUGUGUAUGAAGUGAUUGAUCAAGCUCCCAUUAGGAAAAUUGAGAAGAUGAGACAGAAGGGAUUUGUUCAAAAGUGCAAAGCAGCUGGAGUGGAAGGACAGGUGAUAGGUGGUAGUGUGUCUGUGGAUGACAGAGUAAUUGUUGAAGCAGCAGCUGUGAAACCUACCAUCAAACCUGAGAACAAAGAGGAGAAAGUGUUCAGAAAGAACACAACUGUAAAAAAGCCAGUUCAGACUACUAGUGCUCCUACAAGCACAAGACCCCCCACGACACGGACUACAACUACAAGGCCCACAACAACCACUACCACUACCACUCCAGCUCCUCCCACAACUACCGUGGGAACCACACAGUUUAUGACUACUACCACUAAAGCUACAACUGCUGCCCCAACCACUCAAAGGACUUGGCCUACUAAGGUACAAACAACCGUUCAGUGGCUGCCCGCACGUCACCGUCCUUCUUCCAAUGGUGAUUUUAGAACAACUGUGGAGCCUGUUUAUUUCCCCCUCUCUCGAUAUGAUGAUCACAGGGACAAGUUGCAUAAUGUGGCCAAAAAAAAUAAAAACCCUCCACCUGUGAAACCCACUACUCCAUCAGAUUACUAUACUAAUGCAUAUGUUGGCCGUAAUGGAGACAAUCGCACUGACAGAAAGGAAAUUGGGCAAAAAGAAGUAGGUGUUACUCCAACACAGCAAAAACCCACCAAGACCAGAUCCACCAAGAACAAAACCACAACCAAGAUUCUGAGCAAUGAAUAUGAGGACAAGUAUGAUGCUGGAAAGCCAACUGGGGGUCACCCUGAAGAGGAUAUUGAGGAAAACCUUGAGCAGAAGAAAGGCAAGGGAAAAGCCGAUAAAGGUGAAAAAAAUGAAAAGAAAAAAAGGAAAGGUGACAAGCCAGAAAAGUCCAACAAAAAAGACAAAGCUGAAAAGAAGGGAAAAGGGGCCAAGGAAGGCAAGAACGAGAACCGUAACAAGAAGAACAGCAAGAAAACCAACAAGCACCAAGAAAAAGAGGAGUAUGAAAAACCAGCAAAAAAGCCACCAGCACCCCGCAGCUCUUUAUCUUUGUUCUUGGAUUACUUUGAAAAUCACCGCCGCCUCAUUCUGAUCACAGCUCCCCAUGAAGAGAACAGUAUGUACAUACAGCAGCGAGAUGAAUACCUGGAGCACGUGUGUGAAAUGGCCAUUCGUAAAAUUUCAAUAAUAACCAUGUUUGGCACACUGACCAAUAGCACCAUGAAGAUUGACCACUACCAGCUUGAAAAUGAGAAGGCUAUGAAAGGCUUAAAAGAAGAAGACCUCUUGGAUCAAGAUCUCAUCACUGAACUGAGGAAAGAGUAUGGCAUGACGUAUAAUGACUUCUUUAUGGUGACAACUGAUUUUGACAUGAAGGUCAAGCAAUAUUACGAAGUCCCUAUUGCAAUGAAAGCUGUAUUUGAGUAUAUUGACACCUUCCACUCACGCAUCAAAGAAAUGGAGCGUCAGAAAAAGGAAGGCAUUUCCUGUAAGAAAGAGGACAAACCCAGAUCUCUCGAAAAUUUCUUGUCGAGAUUCCGUUGGCGACGGAGAUUACUUGUUAUUUCUGCUCCCUCGGAUGAAGAAUGGGCCUAUCAGCAGCAGCUAUAUGCACUAAGCAGCCAGGCCUGUAACUUGGGUCUGCGCCAUGUGGCCAUUCUGAAGGUGCUUGGUGUUGGACUGGAAGCUGGUGGUGUUUUGGAGUUAUAUCCAAUUAAUGGAAGUGCUACAGUGGACCGAGAAGGCUUAUCAAUGUCCCUGGUCAAGGAUAUAAGGAACUAUUUUCAAAUUAGUCCAGAAUACUUCUCGAUGCUCCUGGUGGGUAAAGAUGGAAACGUGAAAUCCUGGUACCCAUCUUUCAUGUGGUCUAUGGCUAUUAUCUAUGAUCUGAUAGACUCCAUGCAGCUUCGACGCCAGGAAAUGGCUAUUCAACAGUCCUUAGGCAUGAGGUGUCCUGAAGACGAAUAUGGUGGAUAUGGUUAUCAUGGAUAUCACCAAGGAUAUCAAGAAGGGUAUCAGGAUGACUAUCACAGGAGUGGAUAUCACCAUGGAUACCAUUAUUAGAAAGGACAAUCAUUGCACGUUUCAUUAAAUAUAUUUUGCAGGGUUUACAUUUCUGUAAAUGCUUCUUUGUGAUAGUGCCAGUGCAUCUUUUAAUCCCACUCGUUUGUUUAAGCAAACCAUGAAACUGAAAUCUAUAAUGCAAGUAAUUAACUUUCCCAAACAAUGGGGAAGGAAAAUAAGAAAAUUCAAAAGCAUUUGACUGUAGAUAAAAAGACUGUAUAGAUACUAUAACUAUUUUCAGCUUCUUUUUGUAUUUAUUGGAUAUCACUUCACUGCCUAACAGAUUGUAGUGUGUAGGCUGUUAAACUGGAUAUAGCAAAUCAAUUUUCAUAAGCAUACAGCAUUUUAAUGUACUCUAUGAAAGUUCAUAACCUUUCCUCUUAUUUAUGUAACAUUUGUUAUAAGAUUAAUAAAAAAAAUGAUGCUGAAGAUUAAAA